AGCAGAAAAAAAUAAAAAAGCUCCAAAGAGUCAAAGUCCCUUCUCUUCCCUUUCUCCUUUGCCCUCCCCUCCCAAUCACAACACUUAUCUUCCUGUGCUCGCUUCUUCCUUCUUCAAUUCAUCGCCCCCAUCACUGUUUCUUCCGCUUCUUCUCUUCUGGUCGUGGAUGCGUUCGUGAUUAGUUUUGUGCGGAGGUUUCCUGUUGGGGUUUUAGCUCCAUUUAGUGGCUUGAUGUUGGUUGCAUUAUGCCGGCAAUAGUUCGGAACAAUGCAAAGGUAUCAUGCUGCUGGUUCCACUAAUGCAGUUAACAACAAUGCUAUUGGUGGUGCAUCUGCUAGGGAUGCCUCCCGGGUUGAUUCUUCAUCACCAUCCAACUUUUCUAUAAACUCUAGGCGACUACCUCCUCUAACUGCAUACAAGUUGAAGUGUGAGAAGGAACCUUUAAAUUCGAGACUUGGGCCACCUGAUUUUCAUCCGCAAACUCCGAAUUGUCCUGAGGAGACACUCACCAGAGAGUAUGUUCAAGCUGGAUACAGAGAGACAAUUGAAGGACUUGAGGAAACAAGAGAAAUCUCAUUGACUCAGGUUCAAACAUUCAAUAAGCUUGCCGUGAUAAAGUGCAAAGAGUCAAUCCGGAAGUGUCUGAGAGCCAUCAAUGAGUCUCGUGCUCAGAAGCGAAAGGCUGGUCAAGUAUAUGGUGUUCCUCUCUCUGGAUCAUUGCUUACUAAGCCUGGUGUCUUUCCUGAACAAAGGGCAUGUGGAGAAGACUCCAAGAAAAAAUGGAUCGAGGGUCUAUCACAACCACAUAAGAGAUUGCGUUAUUUAGCUGAUCAUGUCCCUCAUGGAUAUCGGAAGAAAGCACUUUUUGAAGUUCUUGUAAGGAAUAAUGUACCACUGCUUAGGGCAACUUGGUUUAUUAAAGUUACUUAUCUUAAUCAGGUCAGGCCUAAUUCUUCAAUUAUUGCUUCUGGUACGCAAGAUAGAAAUCCGCUGUCCCGGUCAGAGCUAUGGACCAAAGAUGUUGUUGAGUACUUGCAACAUCUUCUGGAUGAGUUCUGCUCUAGAACUAGUAGUCAUUCUGUUCCACAUAGUAGAGACCGAUCUCAGAUGCUUUAUGUGGGCUCAAUGCAGAACAAGAAUGACCCCACUCUAGUUUCUGUUGAUGGGGAUGAGCCUUCUUUAAAUUUUAAGUGGUGGUAUGUUGUGCGGCUAUUGCAUUGGCAGCAUUCUGAAGGGCUGCUUCUUCCUUCACUAAUCGUUGAUUGGCUUCUUGGUCAACUACAGGAAAAGGACAUGCUUGAGAUUUUGCAGUUAUUCUUGCCCAUCAUAUAUGGCUUCUUGGAAGCAAUUGUUCUAUCACAGACAUAUGUACGCACUCUUGCAGCAGUUGCUGUUCGUUUCAUUCGUGAACCCUCUCCUGGUGGAUCAGAUUUGGUAGAUAAUUCUCGGAGAGCCUAUACUACUUCUGCUUUGGUGGAGAUGCUUCGGUAUUUGAUAUUGGCUGUACCUGAUACGUUUGUUGCUUUGGAUUGCUUUCCUCUGCCACCAAGUGUAUUGUCUUAUGCAGCAAGUGAUGGGACUUUUGUUUCGAAGACAUUGGAGGAUGCACGAAGGGCAAAAGAUAGUUCAACAGAAGUUGGUUGUGUGUUCAGAACCAGAGGCAUUGAUUCUCAAUAUCAAACUCUAUCCUUUAAUCAGGUUGUUUCUUCCAUCCAGAAGCGUUCAGAUAAUCUGGCAAGGGCUGCUAGCCCUGGCUACCCUUUCCAUAAUGUGGCUAAAGCUGUGCAAGCACUAGACAAAGCUCUAUCUCAUGGUGAUGUUAAAGGGGCUUAUAGUUUCCUUUUCGAACAGUUUUGUGAUGGAGCCAUAGAUAAAAGCUGGAUAGAAGAAGUGAGCCCUUCUUUGAGAUCUUCAUUGAAGUGCCUACAAAAUGUUAGCUCAUCUUUUGUUUGCUCUGUCUUUUUUCUUUGUGAGUGGGCAACGUCUGAAUAUAGAGAUUUUCGAACUGCGAGGCCCAAUGACUUGAAAUUCACAGGCAAACAUGACAUUGCUCAGGUGUAUAUUGCAUGUCGUCUACUGAAGCUGAAGAUAAGGGAUUUGGAGUGUGUACUUAGAAUCAAGAGUGGAAGAUACAUAGGAGGCAAUAAUUUCUCAAGAGGGCCUAAUCAGCAAAUUGGUGUGAGCAAUGGGCCUACCACCUAUGGAUAUGAAUUUAAGAGUAGCUCAAGAAUCAUGAAUGCGAAAUCUAGCAGUUCCCCAGGUUUGUUUGAGAGCCCUGGUCCAUUGCAUGAUGUCAUAGUAUGCUGGAUUGAUCAACAUGAAGCCGGUCGAGGUAAAGGUUUGAAGCGCCUUCAACUGCUUAUAGUGGAGCUUAUGCGUGCUGGAAUCUUUUACCCUCAUGCAUACGUUAGGCAGCUGAUAAUAAGUGGAAUAAUGGAUUCAACUUUAAGUGCUGGGGAUCAUGACAGAAUGAAGCGACAUUAUUGGGUAUUGAAGCAGUUACCUGGCUCCUUUAUCCGUGAUGUCCUAGAAGAGGCAAAGAUUGCUGAAGGGUCACGACUUUUAGAGGCCAUGCAUGUCUACUCGAAUGAGCGACGUCUGCUCCUUCAAGGCAUUCUUUGUGGAAAAUCUCAGAAUUCAGUUAAAUCAAGUAAAGCAGAUCCAGAGCAAAAACAUUAUAUAUUACCAGCAAUUGAUUGUGCUCCUGAUCAUUGGAAAGCCAACAAGCCCCCCUCUGGUAAUUUGACUUCACAAAAAGUCAAGGCUGAGGCUAAGGUGGAGGAACUCAAGGUUUCCAUAUCAUUAUUAUUGCAGUUCCCUAACCGCUCAACGUCUUCAGAUUCAGGAGUCGAUGAAUCUAUUGUAACUGGUAAAAGGUCUAUGGACUCGGUCAGCAGCAAGCUGGAUAUGGUGGAAGUUACACCUGGGUGUGAAGAGUGUAAGAAAGCAAAGAGGCAAAAGUUAAGUGAGGAAACAAGCUCAGCAAUUCAAGGACAUUUUCCUAGCUUUGACAAUGAAGAUAAUUGGUGGGUGCGGAAGGGUAGUAAAACAUCAGAUCCAUCAAAAGUUGAUCCACCUAUCAAGCCAUCCAAACAAGCCCCCAAGAGCAGACAGAAACUUGUCCGUAAGACUCAAAGCCUUGCUCAACUAGCAGCUGCUAGGAUUGAGGCUAGCCAAGGGGCCUCUUCGAGUCAUGUCUGUGAAAGUAAGGUCAGUUGUCCUCAUCACAGAACUGCGAAUGAUGGGGAGAAUCUGAAGACAGUGGAUGGAACCAGAUUAGCGCAAGGUGUAGACAUUAUUUUGGUUGGAAAAGCUUUAAAGCAUCUGCGAUUUGUGGAGAAGCGGAUGAUUACAGUUUGGUUAACAACGAUGGUGAGGCAACUUGUGGAGGAUACGGAAAAGAAUACUUCCAAGGCCAACCCGUAUAAUAGGCCUUUUGUUCCUAAUGAUGAUGAUAGGAACUCUGUAAGGUGGAAGCUUGGUGAGGAUGAAUUAAAUGUCAUAUUAUACCUUAUGGAUAUCUGUAAUGAUCUUGUGUCUGCUGCCAAGUUUCUUCUUUGGUUGUUGCCCAAGGUUCAAAGUAACCAAAGUUCUACUAUUCACAGCGGGAGAAAUGUUAUGAUGUUACCGAGGAAUAUGGAAAUUCAUGCAUGUGAAGUGGGUGAAGCUUUUUGGUUAUCAUCGCUGAGAAGGUACGAGAACAUGAUGAUUGCCGUAGAUCUUCUGCCUGAAGUUCUGACCGCCAUAUUGCAACGUCUUGCAGCACUACUCGCCUCUAAUGUGAGAAUUUCAGGCUCGGCAACCUUGAGUUACUCCCGAUAUCUGUUGAAGAGGUAUGUCAAUAUUCCAAGUAUUGCAGAGUGGGAGAAGAGUCGUAAGACAACUUAUGAUAAGAGGCUUCUUUCUGAGCUCGACUCUGGGCGUUCACCAGAUGGUGAGUUAGGAUUUCCUCUUGGGGUUCCAGCUGGAGUUGAUGAUCCUGAUGAUUUCCUUCGACAAAAGAUAAGUGUAAACCGAAUAUCCAGGGUGGGUUUAAGUAUGAGGGAUGUAGUCCAAAGGCAUAUUGAUGAAACUUUGCAAUACUUUCUUGGCAAAGAAAGGAAGACCUUUAGUGCUGGUGCACCCAAAGUCCCUGGUCUGGAAAAGUUGGAUGAUUGUUACCAUGUGGCACAUCAAAUAAUUAUGGGACUGAUGGAGUGCAUGCGACAGACUGGGGGUGCUGCUCAGGAAGGUGAUCCGUCUUUGGUGUCUUCUGCAGUUUCUGCCAUUGUUAACAAUAUAGGGCCAGCUAUAGUGAAGAUUCCUGAUGCCAAACCAGGCAAUAACUAUUCUAUUGCUUUGUGUGCAAGCUCUUUAAGUUUUGCUAGGCGUGUUUUGCAUAUCCAUAUAAGCUGUUUGCGGUUGCUUAAGGAAGCUCUUGGUGAGCGUCAGAGUAGGGUUUUUGAGAUUGCUCUUGCUACAGAAGCUUGUUCAGCUCUUGCGGCAGCCUUCUCUCCUGGAAAGGCAUCUCGUGGGCAGUUUCAGAUGUCUCCUGAUGCUCAUGAUUCUAAUAAUAUUUCCAGUGAAACAGCGAAGGGAUUGUUGGGGAGGGGGACAAAAGGUGCUGCUGCAGUUUCAGCUCUUAUAAUUGGUGCAGUAGUUUAUGGUGUUACUAACCUGGAGAGACUUGUUACGGUGUUUAGAUUAAAGGAAGGUCUUGACGUUGUUCAGUUUGUGAGAAGUACCAAAACAAACUCGAAUGGUAAUGCACGUUCAACAGGGGCCCUCAAGGUAGACAACUUGCUUGAAGUUUAUGUCCAUUGGUUUAGGGUGCUUGUCGGAAACUGUAGAACUGUAUCGGAUGGUUUUAUUGUGGAGCUUUUGGGUGAACCAUCUAUUGUCGCUCUUUCAAGGAUGCAAAGGAUGCUACCUCUUAGCUUGGUCUUCCCACCUGCUUAUUCUAUUUUUGCUCUUGUUUUGUGGAGACCAUUUAUUCUUAGUAACUUUGCAAGCCGGGAAGACAUCCAUCAGUUAUACCAAUCAUUGACCAUGGCUAUCAGUGAUGCAAUAAGACAUUUGCCAUUCCGGGAUGUAUGUCUGAGGGACAGUCAAGGUUUUUAUGAUCUUGUGACUUCAGAUACCAGUGAUGCUGACUUUGCUGCUCUUUUGGAGCUAAAUGGUUUGGACACACAUGUUAAGUCCAUGGCUUUUGUUCCUCUCCGAGGAAGGCUGUUCUUGAACUCGAUCAUUGAUUGUAAACUGCCGAACUCUUUGUUUGCACACGGAGAUAGCAACCACAUGUCUUCACUUGGGGGAUCCAAAGUCCCUCACUCGGAGAAUGUGAUGAUGCUUAUUGAUAAGCUAGUCAAUGUGUUGGAUGCUCUUCAGCCUGCAAAGUUCCAUUGGCAGUGGCUUGAGCUCAGGCUUCUUCUGAAUGAGCAAGCCCUUAUUGAAAAACUUGAAGCACAUGAUAUCUCCGUUGCUGAUGCUAUCCGCUCUUCAUCACCUGGUCCCGAAAAGGGGGCCGCUUCAGAAAAUGAGAACAAUUUCAUUGAGUUAAUCCUCACGAGGUUGUUGGUUAGGCCAGAUGCUGCACCCCUCUUCUCAGAGCUGGUUCAUCUCUUUGGGCGGUCACUGGAGGAUUCAAUGUUAUUACAUGUAAAAUGGUUUUUGGGUGGUCAGGAUGUUCUUUUUGGACGCAAAACUAUUAGACAGAGGCUUGUUAAUAUUGCCGAGAGCAAGGGCCUCUCUACUAAGGCCCAGUUCUGGAAGCCCUGGGGCUGGUCAAGUCCAGGGUCUGAUCCUGUGUCAAGCAAAGGAGCUAAGAAGUUUGAGGCUACUUCUCUUGAGGAAGGAGAGGUAAUUGAUGAUGGGGCUGAUGCUAAAAAGUCUGGAAAAGGAUCUAUUAAUGUAUCUGAUUCAGACUGUUUCACUGUAAGCCAACACAAUGUGACUGAGAAGGCACUUAUUAAGCUAGUUCUUCCUUGCAUAGAUCAAGGUUCUGAAGAAUCACGCAAUACCUUUGCUAGUGAUUUAAUUAAGCAAUUGAACAAUAUUGAGCAGCAGAUAAACCCGGUGACUCGUGGUGCAAGUAAGCAGGCAGGAACAACCUCUUCUGGACUGGAGGGUAGUGGAAACAAGGUUACUACUCGCAAGGGUAUAAGAGGUGGUAGUCCUGGAUUGGCUAGAAGAACAACAGGGGCUGGGGAUUCUGCUCUUCCUUCGCCUGCUGCUUUGCGGACUUCUAUGUCGCUGCGGUUGCAGUUACUUCUGAGGUUACUUCCUGUAAUCUGCGCAUAUGGUGAGCCUUCGGGGCGCAACAUGAGGCACAUGCUUGCCUCAGUAAUACUUCGUCUCCUUGGGAGCCGGGUUGUGUAUGAGGAUUCGGAAUUGUCAAUACGCUUUCAAAAUGCUCAACCUAAGAGGGAUUCUGAAUGCAUAGCUUUGGAAGCUGCUUCUGCAGAUCUAUCGGGUGAAAGUCUCUUUGACCGGCUAUUGUUGGUCCUUCACGGUUUACUGAGCAGUUGUCAACCAAGAUGGUUGAAAUCAAGGUCACCUUCAAAAGCGAACAAUGAAUCUUUCAAGGAUUCUGCUGGUUUUGACCGUGAACUGGUGGAGAGCUUACAGAGCGAAUUAGACCGCAUGAACCUACCUAGUGGAAUCCGUUGGCGUAUCCAAGCAGCAAUGCCAAUUCUUCUUCCAUCUGUUGGAUGCUGCAUCUCUUGUCAGCCACCAUCUGUUCCUUCUGCUGCCAUUGCUUCCUUGCAGCCCACCAGCAUUGGAAUGUCUGGUUACCCUCCACAGAGAAAUUCCCCUUCAAUGUUGACAAGGAAUCCAACAGGGAAGUCCAAGCAGCAAUCAGCGGCUCAACAAGACAGUAUCGAUAAUAUUGAAAUCGACCCAUGGUUAUUGUUGGAAGAUGGCACAGGAGCUGGUCCAUCCUCAUCGUCCUCAGUUAAUACUCCAGUAAUUGGCAGCAGUAGUGGCCAAUCUAAUCUGUGGGCCUCAAACUGGCUCAAGGGUGCUGUACGGGUUAGACGGACUGAUCUCACGUACAUUGGUGCUGUUGAUGACGAUACCUAAAUUAUUAAUUUAUGUGAUGAGAGGAGAUUCUUGAUUGUUAUUUGAAUGAGGAACAGCCCCCAAGCAGCAGUUGAGAGAAUUCAUGGUUUUCAUUCAUUGCAAUCUGCAAUUGGUACAAUUGUUUUUGGGAGUGGGUGGGAAGAAAAACCCCAAUGUCGUCCGUGGUUGUUCAGAACGUGCCAAGCAAGGAAGUGUGGGCUGUGGCUCAGCAGCGACUGACUGAAUCUUUUUGUCUUCGCCCUGGAUUCUUGACUGCUGUCCUUGUAGAAAUGCAGUCGAAGGAAAGGAGGCCUGGUUUGUACAUAUAGAGAUGAUUGUUCUUCUUUUGCCAAGUCAAAAUCUGAUUGUGUUGUAUCACUUCCAUGUGCAUCAAUGAAUUGCUUGCUUCUGCCCUGGGGGGUUUUCACCUCAUGUUGUAUGGUGAUGCAAGUUGGAUAAAAGCUAGCAGCCAUGCUCACGCUCCCAUUAGUUGCCUGUGCAUGAAAAUUUGGAUAUGUUAUUUUUACCCACUUCCCACUAGUUAGAAGAGAAUACGUUGCUGUAGGAUCUUUGCAUUGGAGCAGUGAGAGACAGAACUAGCUCUUGGUCCUUUUGUUUUAGAUUCUGUUUCCAUGGUUGUCAUUUAUUAGACAGUUGUUCUGAGCAGAACUUCGUCUCACCCAAUUGAAUCCAGGUGCCUGCUGGCUGUUGACUAGGGUUCCGUUUGUUGUUUUGUUAUGACAGGGAAACGUUUAAUGAAGCUUCUGCUCAAUAAAAAGCUUCUCCAAUCUCCAGAUAAGGGUAAAAAAGGCCCGGUGAAAUAGUCUUUUUCUGCUCUCUGGUGUUUUGCUAGAAGCAAAACCAGCGUCCUACAGGGAAAGGUGGGAGCUUUCUUUCUCCCUUACAAAGUGUUUGGUUCAAGCAUCGACAGUUGCCAAGAAAGGAAAGGAUAGUACAAGUAACAAGUUUUUAGGAUUAGGGUUGCUAAUCUUAGUUCUUAACCGAUUUAUCUACGAAAAGAACGUCCUCGAUCCAGGCAACAAUGUUGAAUGCUAGACCUUCCAACACCCUCGAAUAGCUCUCCAGUAUCGCCUGACCUACGUCCCUGUUGCACUGGAUCUUGCAUAUAUCCAAGGAUGUCUGAGACAAGCCAGGGUACCUCUGCUUGAGUGAGAACAACAAGCUCUCUGCUCUCUCUGCCAACACAUGGUUCUUAUCCGUCCUGUCUAUCUCGGACACCAAAUCCUUCAUCAGGUCCCCCCACGACGACCUCGAAUUGCUCAAGCACGCUUUACGCCGCCACGUGUACAUCGAAGCCUCGACUCUGUCCGCGAGCUCCAGUGCUUCGUGCUCCGAUGCUAUGUUGAGGCAGUUCAGCAGCCUCUCUGGCGAGAACUUGUCCAUCGUGCAUAUGUACUUGUAAAUGGAGUCCCCUAGGCUCGAUUUCCCACUCUGAAAAAAAAAAAAGCAAACCAAAAAUUUUACCCUCUCCCCUCUAAAACGCCACGGCCUAGCCAAAUUCAAAAAAAACAAAGGAAAGAAGAGAACCUUGGGAAGAGAUGCCAAGUAAGAAUCAGGGAUUUCCAUCUCAGUGAGAACACUGGUGUUGAUGGCCAUGGCUGCUUUGUGGAUCUGGUUGGCGCAGUCACGCUUAUGCCUCAAAUGCUUCCUCGCCUUCUCAGAGAUUCCUCCUGGAGGCACGCAGGGCACUGGAACCCACCAUUUCUCUUCCGUCCUGUGGAUCACCACUCUCCUGAACGAACCGGAUCGGGUCGAGUUCGAUGACAUGCUUCCUUGCUCUGCAUACCAGAACUCUGCUUCUCCGAAACUGUCCAGUAUUUCGAGGAGCAUUGCGUCCAGCUUUCUCAGCGCGGGAAGAUUCAUGUAAAUGUCCGAUCUCACUCUGCUUUCCAUCACCUCCAGAGCAGUUCCAUCUCGCAAGUUUUGAGAUUUAGGGAUGAACUCCACUAUGUAAUCACAUACAGAUAAAAGGCAGUCCAUUUCUCUCUUCCACAUCGCCUUCUUCUCCGGUUUCAGAGGCUCCAGCCUCAGAUUUUGGCCGAACACAGUUGCGUAGAGAUUGGUAAUGGAAUUGGAGAUGGUGACAGCGGUGCAGACACCUUUCCCACCACCUGACAUGUCUUCUCCCAGCAGAAGCUUUGAAAAUCUCUCUCUCAUAAUCUCAAGCUCUGUUUCAUAUGGAUUCAACAUCGUCGUCGUCACCAUCAUCACCAACGCUGAGCUUCUCAGCUUGCGACUUCAUGUCCUGCUUGGCCAGCAGAGCUCUGUUCUGAUUAAGCGAUCUGGGUCUGGCUUCGUGCAUCCAGUGAGCAGGGGAAGGCUCGCUGGAGCAAUAACUCGCACUGAUGUCAGAGAAAGCCGACGUUUCGGAGAAAGUACGGCCGAACAUGAGGGAAUCCCGGCUCAACGUCGGCGUCGUUUGAUCGAACGAAGACGGCGACGGCUGGUAGCCCAGAUCGUAGCUCUCGUCGUAGCUCGACGACGAAUUGUCCAUUUUCCCGACCCUCUGUUUUCUGCACCUCUUCUCUAAUCGACUCUGCAA